ACAUUUCCCUUAAGGCUUUGCAGGUCGACAUUCUAUCGCUGUGUCUCUCUCCCACGCGAAGUUGGCUGUCUCUUCCCGUGAUUACGAGGCUCUCGAAGUGAGUAGUCUUGCCUUGGAGGAAAAUCAGCUCAAGCCUGGUGGGAGGUUUGGAGUGAGGACUCUGUCUUUGAAGCCUCCCAGGCGCAGUGUCAAACGGACCAAACUCAGACUCUGAGGUACGAGGAGGCCAUCUUGUCUGUGGCUGGUGUGGCUCUGGACUACGUUUCCCAGAGUGCACAGCGGCCCAACGUUACGUCUCUCUUGACGUCGUGGCGAGAUUGUUAGCUCCGCAGGGACCCGGACGCGACCAAGGGGAGGCAGAAGGAAGGUGCGUCUGUAAAUUAGGUGGGAUUUCUUUUUGGAGCAAGGAGGACAUCCUGUACUGUGGAGAGAAGGUUGACAAGAGGCCUGUGCACAGGACUCUGCACUUGUCCAAGAGAAGAAUCUAGAGAAAUCGGAGCAGCUCAGGGAGUUCUAAAAGCCAUGGCACAAGGACUGGUGACAUUCAGGGAUGUGGCCAUAGAGUUCUCUCAGGAAGAAUGGAAGUGCCUGGAACCUGCCCAGAGAGACUUGUACAGGGAUGUGACUUUGGAGAACUUCGGUAACUUGGUCUCACUAGGACUUUCCAUUUCUAAGCCUGAUGUCAUUUCCUUGUUGGAGCAAGGGAAGGAACCCUGGGUGAUUGCAACUGAUAUGCCAGGACCGUGGUGCCCAGACUUGGAGUCCAGGUGUGAGAAAUUUCCACAAAAAGAUGUUUUUGAAGUAGAGUCAUUCAGUUGGGAGCUAAUGGAAAGCCUUAAGUGCUGUGGUUUUGAGGGCUCCGGUUUUAGAGAUGACUGGGAAUACAGUGGCCAGUUUGAAAGACAACAAGUAAACCUGGAGUGCUGUUUCAAGCAAGUGGAAAUCACGUAUGAAAACAUGCCCACUUUUGAGCAUUAUACGUCCCUCACUCUACAUCAGAACAGUGAGACUGGUGAGAAACUGAUUGAAUGUAAUGAAUGUGGGAAAGCGUUUAGCCGUGGCUCACACCUUAUUCAACAUCAGAAAACUCAUACUGGUGAAAAACCCUUUGAAUGUAAGGAAUGUGGAAGGGCCUUUAGUCGUGCCUCACACCUUGUUCAACAUGAGAGAAUUCAUACAGGUGAGAAACCUUAUGACUGUAAGGAAUGUGGGAAGGCCUUUGGUCGUACUUCAGAACUUAUUCUACAUCAGAGACUUCAUACUGGUGUCAAACCCUAUGAAUGUAGAGAAUGUGGAAAGACCUUUAGACAGCAUUCACAACUUAUUCUGCAUCAAAGAACUCAUACAGGUGAGAAACCCUAUGUAUGUAAAGAUUGUGGGAAAGCUUUUAUUCGUGGCUCACAACUUACCGUUCAUCGGAGAAUUCAUACAGGUGCUAGACCCUAUCAGUGUAAGGAAUGUGGGAAGGCCUUUCGACAACAUUCACAACUUACUGUACAUCAGAGAAUUCAUACUGGUGAGAAGCCCUAUGAAUGUAAGGAAUGUGGAAAGGGCUUUAUUCAUAGUUCAGAAGUUACUCGACAUCAAAGAAUUCAUUCUGGGGAGAAGCCCUAUGAAUGUAAGGAAUGUGGGAAAGCCUUUAGACAGCAUGCACAGCUUACUCGACAUCAGCGAGUUCAUACUGGUGACAGACCCUAUGAAUGUAAGGACUGUGGGAAGGCCUUUAGUCGUAGUUCAUACCUUAUUCAACAUCAAAGAAUUCAUACAGGUGACAAGCCCUACGAAUGUAAGGAAUGUGGGAAAGCCUUUAUUCGUGUUUCACAGUUGACUCAUCAUCAGCGAGUUCAUACUUGUGAGAAACCCUAUCAAUGUAGGGAGUGUGGAAUGGCCUUUAUUCGUAGUUCACAACUUACUGAACAUCAGAGAAUUCAUCCCGGUAUCAAACCUUAUGAAUGUCGAGAAUGUGGGCAGGCCUUUAUUCUUGGCUCCCAGCUCAUUGAACACUACAGAAUCCAUACUGGUUAGAAAGCCUGGCACAUUAGGGAUGUAGGAAAGCCUUUAUGUGAAGUUCACACCUGACUCAAUAUUAGAUAAUGCAUAAUAUAAUUAAUGUCAGAAAACCUUCAUUUGUCACUUCCAUUAUGAAACAUCAGACAACUCAUACCAGAAGAAAAUUCAAUAAAUGUGGAAUUCUUUUUGCUUCACACUUAAUGUUUACUAAGCAUCAGAGAACUUAUGCUGAAAACAAAUUAAUAUGAAUGUAAAAAGUCUUUUAUUACCACUCAAAAUGUGCUCAACUUCUGAGAAUUCCUAAUAGAAAAUGACUAUUAAAAUAUUUUGUGAAUGUGCCUUUUGCCAUGGCGUAUAACUUGCUUAACAUUAACUCGGUUCCACCCAUUACUGACUGUAUAGCAUUGGGCAAGUUAUGCAAUCUCUCUGUUCCUCAGUUUACUUAUUUUUAAGCAGUGAUAAUUAUACCUACCUAAUAGAGUUUUCGUGAGGACUCUCAGAUAUUUUGUACAAAGGCUAUGCUCAAUAAAUGUUAGUUAUUGUCAUUAAUUAAUAACAGUAUUACUGUUAGGGAGUUCGUAUGAGAGGAGGGCCGUAUGAAUAUAUCAAAUAUCAAAAAGCCUUCAUAACCACUUGUUAUGGUAAUUCAUCCUGAAAAACAGUAGUAGAGUAUCAUUAUCAUGAGAAGGCCUUCAUUCAAAAGGAUAGAAAUUCAAAAGAUUAGUCCUAGGGCCUGUAGCCACCUGUUCAUAGGUGCCAAGUCAAUAAAACAUUGUCCCCUCCCCCCACCUUUUAACGGAAAAAAAAAAUUCAGAAGAUUAGAAAUUGACAGAAGAGAGGCCAGAAGAAAUCUGCCAUUUAGAAAUCUAAAACCACCUCCAGGUGUACCUUCAUUUCAAGAGAAAUCAAAGCUAAAAUAACAAACUAGAAAUGAAUGACAGUGAAUUCGAUGUAUCAAAACCAGUUCAGUGCAGGGCCGGCCCCAUGGCUUGGUGGUUAAGUGUGCGCGCUCCGCUGCUGGCGGCCCGGGUUCGGAUCUCAGGUGCGCACCGACGCACCGCUUCUCCGGCCAUGCUGGGGCCGCGUGCCACAUGCAUCAACUAGAAGGAUGUGCAACUGUGACAUGCAACUAUCUACUGGAGUU